CAACAAUCAGUGAAUUAAAGAGACGCAUCCCUCGAGGCCGAACACCAUCUCCAACUGGUAGCGUUGCAUUGAGCAAAGUCGCAGCGAUAAUCGAAGAGAGAUCUCACGAAGUGCUCCACAACUUCUUGGUUGAGAAGGAGAUGGCUCUUCAGGAAGCCCAGAGAAAACUCGAUGAUUGGGAUGCCUAUUAUGACGACAUGCAUCAGGGAUGGCAAGAGAUGGUCGCGAGUGGACAGAUCUCCAGCUCGAAGAGCGAGUUCGAUGUAGAUCUGUUACGAGAAGCUCAGGAAGCUGCCGGAGAUCUCAUUCGAGCCGAGAACGAUUUGUCCGAAGCGAAGCACCAUGCAAAAACCUUCGGAAUCUUCCUCGAGACUCCAGAUCAGGAUUCACGCUUUGCAGACUAUGCAGAUGAUGGUUAUGCAGAAUCACUGGAGGCAGCGUGGAUAAGCCAUGUGGAUAAAGGAUGGAUUCAAAAUUGGAUGAGCGAUAACGAGGGCGAGUCUGGAGGCUUUAACAAGUGUGAUGACUGGGAUGCGAGGACAGUUGAUAUCAGCGAUAGUGUCAGCGUGAUCGCCAAUGGAAAGGAGAGGAGCCGAAUAGAUCGCUGGCGGUCAAUUUGCGAGAGCCUUCAAUCGAGUCUCGAGAAAGAUACAUAAAUUAUGAACGGCGGGUUGGAAU